AUGCUUCAACAGCCUAUAGUAGCACCGCUACAACAGACCUUGUGGCCCUUAGAUGCCACAAUCAGGUCCAACUGUUCCUUAGGCGAAUCUAUCCGUCGUCCUUUAUUCGACCCCUAUAAAAGCGCUCCCAAUCCAUGUUUCAUAGCCUGUGCACUUCUUUUGACCCAACUUGUGCUAGCUGUGGCUGUGUUGUCUCAAACGGCUCUUGUGCUCUUCAAAAAUAAGUACGGUCCGUUUUCCAUCAAGUAUUCGUUCGGCUCUCCGUGGUCUUUCCGCAGUGUGGGCACUGCUCAGAUACUAAGAGCUAAUCUGGCAUUGCUUCAGGGCCUUGUGCUCCUCAUAGUUGUCUUGUUGAAUGGUGAGUCGUUAUCUACAUUAACCUUUGGUCUGGUGAUUAAUCAGGCAGCCGUUGUUCUGCUGGCAGUGGCCCUUUUGCUCGUGGUGCCACUUCACAUUGUGGAAAUAACGCGUUCUGUGGUUGGCCACGGCUCCCUUCUUGUCUACUGGUUUACCUCCACUACCUUCUGGACAAUUGUGCUCCUCAACGACAUAUUUUCUCAGCACAAGGUCUUUGUGCCCCACUCUGAUAAAGAUGCCAUUUCAAUUGCCAUAACUGCUGAGAUUUUCUUAGUCCUUAACUCUCUUUUUGUGCUGAUUCUUGAAAACUACUUCUACACACCUUCCAAAGAGCUUUUGGAAUACUUCGAGUUGAACGGGUGGGAAGCAUCAACAGUCAGAAACCUUGUGGACGAACUUCUUUUCAUCUGGGUGAACCCAAUGUUGAAAGAGGUUUACCUGACUGAGAAUAUCGAGGCCGACGAUAUCCCUAGUGUUGAGGUUGGUCUCAAGAGUGAUGUUUUGUCGCAAAUAUUCAAAAAGAAAUGGUCAGAGGAAAUUGAAAGAGCUACUUGGUGGAGAGAUAGAAGAGUUAGAAAAGCGAAGGCUCCGUCAGCCAAGGAUAACGAAAUCAGACCCCAAUUACUUUUAGUGAUUACCAAAAUGUAUUGGAAAACUGCUCUUAAGGGAAUAUUCUGUCAGUUGAUGGAGAUUGUUGCUGACACUACUGUUCCAUUUUUGCUUCAAGCGUUCAUUACUUUUUUCACGAAGUAUGCCGUCGCAAAGGAAGCUAAUAAAGAAACGCCUCCUAUAGUCAUUGGCUUCACGUUGGCAUUUGGCAUAUACGCCGUCUCCGUAUGGAGAUUCUUCUCCUUCAAUCAGUUGUUCGUUUCCUUCUUCAGAAUAAGUUUUGGAGUUCAAUCAUCUCUUACAACCACAUCCUAUGAAAAAGCCCUUAAGCUCUCCCCUGACGCCAGAAAGGAGAAAAAUACCGGUGAAAUUGUCAACCAUGUUUCGGUCGAUGUUGGGGUGAUAGCAAGAUGUCUUGAAACAUUCUCUGAUGCGUUUGUCAUUCCAGUUCGUUUAGCUUUGUGUUUAGGUGCCUUAUACAAGUUACUCGGCAAUUCAACCUGGGCGGGGUUUGCAGUUUCCGUCGUGAUGGUUCCACUUUCAUCCAAAGUUAGCAUGGCCAUAUUUUCUUUGUUUAAAACUCAAAUGGAGUAUAAAGAUGAGCGGACGAGGCUUACCUCUGAGAUUCUCAAUUCAAUCAAAUCUAUCAAGCUUUACUCAUGGGAGAAGCCCAUGCUCAAGCGUCUAGACGAGAUUAGAAACCAAAAAGAACUCAAGAAUGCGAGACACAUUGGUAUAUGGAACGCUGGCAGUGAUUUUGUUUGGGAAAUCAUUCCAUUCUUCAUAUCGUGCGCAGUUUACGGAACUUAUGGCUUCUUUGCCAAGACGCCCCUUACACCUGCCAUCAUCUUCCCAGCACUCUCUUUGUUCGAUCAAUUAUCUGAUCCCAUUAACAUGAUUCCACACAUCUUUUCUCAAAUCGCAGAAGCCAAGGUCUCGUUGAACAGAUUGCAAAAAUUCUUCAUCAUGGAUGAAAUGGAAACGGAUAUCGUAACACGCACAAACAAGCCCCUGAAGAAGGGCGAAGAAACAGUUGUUGUGUCAAACGCAUCGUUUGUGUGGUCCCAAAAAGAAGCCCUCAUGUCAGAUGGAGAACGUAAAUACGCUCUUCAGAACAUUAACUUUAAAGCAAAGAAGGGUGAAUUGACUUGUAUUGUUGGAAGAGUCGGUGCCGGUAAAACCACUCUCUUGAAGUCCAUUGUCGGAGAAAUUCCUGUCGUACGUAAUGAUGAUACUCAAAUCACUGUCAACGGUACGGUCGCAUACUGUGCACAAAAUGCUUGGAUCCUCAACUCUUCGGUGAGAGAGAACAUCUUGUUUGGGAGGAAGUUUGAUAGAAAGUUCUAUGAUAAAACAAUCGAGGCUUGCCAGUUGGAGCGUGACUUUGAGGUACUUCCACAUGGUGAUUCUACUCUCGUUGGCGAAAAAGGAAUUUCUCUUUCAGGUGGGCAAAAAGCAAGAUUGUCAUUGGCAAGAGCUGUUUACUCGAGAGCAGAUAUCUACCUAUUGGACGACGUCUUGUCCGCUGUUGAUGCUCACGUAGGUAAGCGAAUCACGCAAGCUGUAUUAUCUUCCAGUGGCCUUCUAGCUAGUAAGACCAUAAUACUUGCUACAAAUUCAGUCAAAGUGCUCAAAUUGGCUCAUCAAACUUAUUUCUUGAGGGAGGGUCAAAUUAUCGAACAAGGAACGCAUGAUACGUUGAUGAACAAGAAAGGCGAAAUCGCCGAACUCAUCGCUGAGUUCGCUUCUGAUGGUCAAGACCAGGAGGAGGAAGUCGUCAGCGAGCUGUCAAGUGACUCAGAUGACUCCGAGGAGCCGAAAGCGUUUGAGCCUAAGAGUGUUGCCGAAAUGGAGGCAAUAGAGGAAGCUGGUAUGAUCCCUCUAGCUAAGGUCCAAAGUCAUCAAACUAUCGGGCAUGCUUCGAUUGUUUCAUUUGAUCACAAAUACCAAUUUGAAGAAGGAUUUGGUGAAACUCAGAAGGAGUCCGAGAACAAGGAGACGAAGGAGAAGGGCAAAAUCAAGCUUGUAGUUUACUUAGAGUACAUCAAAGCUUGUCGGUAUCCUUUUAUUAUACUUUGGUCUUUGUUGUCAGUGCUUGUCAGUGUUGCCAUUAUAUAUGGACGAGUUGUUUUGAAGAGUUGGUCAGAGAAGAAUUAUGAUCAUGGAUACAACGUUAAGCCGGCCUUCUACUUGACAUUAUACGCGGCAACAGGAAUAUUUGGAGGUGGUAUCAAAAUCAUCAACAGUUUCAUACUUUGGACAUUCUGUGCCAUUCAUUCUUCGAGGUAUUUCCAUGACCGCAUGGCCAAUAGUAUUUUGAGGGCACCCAUGUCGUUCUUCGACACUACACCGGUUGGAAGAAUCUUGAACAGAUUUUCAGAUGAUAUAGCUGUUCUUGACGACCAAAUCCUUUGGAUAUCUGUCAUGUUAUUCACUUGUGUCCUGGAGACAGUUAUCAGGAUUGGUAUCGUGAUUUUCAACUUGCCUAUUAUGAUCAUUAUACUUCCAGUGCUUGUAUACGUUUUCCUUCAGUACAGAAACUACUUCAUUCCAACUUCCAGAGCUUUAAAGAGACUUCGCUCCGCUUUGAGAAGUCCAGUGUUUUCACAUCUUCAAGAAUCUAUUAAUGGCGCAGAGACAUUAAGAGCUUACAAUGAAAAUGAUAGAUUCAUAUAUGCAAACAAGAAAAAGGUCGAUGAUGUGAUAAAGACAGAUUUCGUUUCCCAGAUCACAAACAGAUGGUUGUCAAUGAGACUUCAGUCAAUCUCAGCGUUGGUGGUCCUAGCUUCGAGUUUACUGACUCUUUUGUCAUUGGUGUCGAAGAAUCCAUUUUCACCAUCGAUGAUAGGUUUUCUCAUGACUUACGUAUUCUCUUCAACGUCAUACCUCAACGGAAUAAUCAGAAUGUCGUCUGAAGCCGAAGUUAGAUUGGUUGCCAUUGAAAGAUUGAUCGAAUACGGUAAUAUCGCACCCGAAGCUGAUGAGAUAAUCGAAAACAAUAGACCCCCUCUCGAAUGGCCUAAUCGCGGAGUUGUCGAGUUUAAGAAUUAUAGCACAAGCUAUAGACCUGGACUACCACCAGUGUUGAAAAACAUCAAUUUGCAUAUUAGACCUUCAGAAAAAAUAGGCAUUGUUGGUCGUACUGGAGCUGGGAAGAGCUCUCUAACCUUGGCCUUAUUUCGGAUAAUUGAGGCAAUUGAGGGAAACAUUGAUAUUGAUGCGAUCGACACGAGUAAGAUAGGACUUUUCGAUUUGAGACGCCAACUCAAUAUCAUUCCCCAAGAUGCUCAUGCUUUUGAAGGCACAGUGAGAAAAAAUUUGGAUCCUUUUGAUCAGUACACUGACGAGGAGUUGUGGAGAGUCCUAGAGUUGGCUCAUCUCAAAGGUCACGUUGAGUCAAUGAAGACUGAAACAAAGGAUAAUGGUGAAGAAGAAGGCAAGAGAAGUAAGAGCAAGGAAGAUGACGAAGAACCACAGGUUGGUCUUAGGGCUAAAAUAGAUGAGGGAGGCGCUAAUCUUUCUUCCGGUCAGAGGCAAUUGUUGUGUCUUGCUCGUGCAUUACUAAAGACUUCGCAAGUGCUAGUUCUUGAUGAAGCCACUGCAGCAGUUAAUGUGCAAACAGAUAAAAUCAUCCAAGAGACAAUUAGAGCGGAGUUCAAGGAUAAGACUAUUCUCACGAUUGCUCACAGAUUGGAUACAAUCAUGGAUAGUGAUCGAAUUCUCGUGCUUGAUAGUGGACAGGUGAAGGAGUUCGACUCUCCAAAGACUUUGCUUGCUGACAAGACCAGCAUGUUCUACUCGUUAUGCAAAGAGGGUGGGUAUCUCCUGAAACAGAAUGACGAGGACUGA